GAGGUUGACUAGAAUCGGAGAAUUUUACAAAUGUUGAAAAUAGGAAUCAUCAAUGCAUGUAAAAGCCAAUUCUAUUUGGUUCCUCCUUGAUGAUAACUAAAUCGUUGUCAUUUCAUUCUUCGAUCAAUCUUAGUUACCUUCUUCUGUACCUUAGAGAAUCUGAGAUCGUAGAUUUAAUAAGGCAAGAAAUUUUUAAAUUAGGAGUUGAGGAUCGAAAUUGGCUUCUGCAAAAGUCGGAGGAUUUGGUUGAUUCGGGUAAUAGAAUUGUCCGAUGGACAGUUUAAGUGAAAACGAUGGUGAUUACGAUGGAAGAAAUGAAGGAGGAUCUUCAUCGGAUUAUCGAUUGUUGGGUCGGCAAAUUACGGUUCAUCAGUUCAUGGGCGGUGGCAAAGCUGCUGACUUGCUCUUAUGGAGGAAACGUCAUCUUUCUUUGGGGGUUAUCAUUAUAUCAACUGUAGCUUGGCUUAUAUUCGAGCUUUCCGGGUUGCCUUUCUUAUCUGUUUCAUCAGAUGUCUUACUGAUCGGGAUCAUAAUAUCAUUUGUCAAUGCCCGGGUUUCUGCUUUUAGGAAUAGACAGGUGCAUUCGUUACCAGAGCUUGUUCUGUCAGAGGAAAUGGUGAAUAGUGCUGCAGCUUCUUUCCGUAUAAAACUCAAUCACUUGCUUGUAAUGGCUCAUGAUGUCACUGUCGGCAACGAUUUUCGACUCUUCUUCAAGGUGGUGAUUUGUCUGUGGCUUCUCUCUGCCAUUGGUAGCUAUAUAUCUCUCUGCACUCUUGCUUAUAUCGGGACUAUCCUAUCUGUAACAAUACCGGCUCUGUACAGUAAAUAUCAAAGCAGAGUAGACAAGUGUUGCGGGUCAAUACACAGGCGGUUGUCUCACCACUACAAAUUAGUGGACGAAAAUGUUAUAAGCAGACUCUCGUGGAGCUUAUCCAAGGAUAAAGAUUCAUGAGCUUUACCAACUUUGGUGAUACUGAGAAUGUGUUUUACUUGUUUUUUUGUUUAGUUUUUUAACUUCACUAGUUUGUUUUUCUUGUUAUUUACCAUGUGUAGUAUAACUAAACGCCAUACCCAGAAUGAAUAUAAGAUGGUUUCUUUGUUCACCUUAA